AUGGCAGAGAAGAAGGUCGUCCUCAUAACUGGUGCCAACACCGGCCUGGGCUAUCAAAUCGUCCGAGCACUCUUCGGCUCCAACGAAGCCUAUGAAAUUCUCCUAGGAGGCAGGUCUAUUCAGAAAGCUGAACAGGCCGUCAAUGAUGUCACUGCCGAGUUCCCAUCGUCCAAGACUUUAGCCACUGCUAUACAGGUCGAUAUCGAAGACGACGCAUCGAUUGAAGCCGCUUUCCAGAAGGUGCAGAGCACGUACGGCAAACUUGACUUUCUGGUCAACAAUGCAGGUGCUCAGCUAGACCCUCUGUUCCACGCCGGCAAGAUGACCAUGCGCGAGAUGUGGAAUGCCUCCUGGAAUGUGAACACGGUCGGCACUCAGAUCAUCACGACGGCCUUUGUGCCCCUGCUUCUCAAAUCGAGUGACCCCCGCCUGCUGUUCAUCACGAGCGGCACGUCGACCCUGGCUGGGUCCGAGAACAGGGAUCUGCCCAUUAACAAGGUCGCCCCGAAAGGGUGGCCCAAACCGUCGCAUCACCUGACAGGCGUGCCCGCAUACCGCAGCAGCAAGACUGGAAUGAACAUGAUGAUGAGGGAGUGGUAUCGAACGCUCAAGGAGGACGGCGUCAAGGUGUGGUGCAUCUCGCCUGGCUAUCUGGCCACUGGGCUUGGAGGCAGCCAGGAGCAGAACAAGGCGUUUGGGGCCGGAGACCCAGCGGUUGCUGGCAGUUUCGUUAAAGCUGUGCUCGAGGGCAUGAGGGACGAGGAUGUUGGAAAAGUGAUCCUCCGUGAUAGUGUGCAGCCAUGGUAA